AAUUUGAAAGUCUGUGACAUUGUGACCGAAGAUAACAGAAGAUACCGAAUAUUGACCGCAACGACCGUUUCUGCUCUGAUGGACGGCUCCCACUUGUCCGUAGUAGUAGAUUUAUGCCCUUCUCAAUGGCACCUUUCUUCAUUGCAUGAGCCAUAUCCCCUUGAUCUUGGUUCAUUUGUUUCUCAACUUCUCGCUUUUCUCAAUUCCCAUGUCGCUUCAAGGCAUGAAAAUUCUCUUGCGGUCUUUGGCGCAUUUCCUGGCAAAAGCGUCUUGUUAUACUCGUCUGCGAACCCUCCUUCAGAGACACCCUCUAAUGACGCUAACUCGUUUCCCCCGUUCAAGAUGGUCGACUCGACCAUUAUGCACAAUAUUGUGCAGCAGUUGAAUGCCUUGGAUCAAGGUUUAGAUGAAGAAGGUUUGCCUUCCUUAUCGUGUCUAAAUUACUCUCACAUUCUCUCAGCACCAUCUGCUUUGGUUGGCGCACUCACUAAAGCACUAUGCUUUAUCAAUCGAUUGACGCUGGAGUUUAAUACGUCCACCGCUAAUGCCACCGAAGGAUUAGAACCCCUAACUCUGUCUGAUCCAAGGAUCCUCGUUUUAUCGGUUUCUCCGGAUCAGACUACCUCUUAUAUUCCCGUUAUGAACUCCAUCUUCUCUGCCCAAAAACUCAAAGUGACAAUUGACGCUUGUCAAAUCUACGGCCCAGAAACGGUCUUCCUCCAACAGGCCGCGCAUCUUACCGGGGGUUCCUACAUCUACCUUGAACGUCGCGACGCCCUGCUGCAAUAUCUCACUAUGGCUUUUCUUCCGCCGCCCUCUAUAAGGCAAACGAUAUCUGUGCCCACGCAGGACAAAAUAGAUUUUCGUGCAGCUUGUUUCUGUCACAAGAAUAUCGUAGACGUUGGUUUCGUCUGUUCAGUCUGCCUAUCCAUUUUCUGCCAGCCCGUCCCCGUUUGUUCGACAUGCCGAACAAAGUUCCCUAUUAAAACGCUCCAGCGUCUCAAUGCGGCACGACCCUCUCUGCCGCUCACUUCUGCUUCACAAUCGCGCAACUCCUCGACACCCCCAACACCGCAGAAAAUAAAUGGACAUGCUUCGGUGACACCGUCACAGCCGUUGGGACCAGGCGGCUUGCCACCCUCCGGAAGUAUCAAUAACAACAGUACAUUCCACAUCAACGGUGCCAAAAACGGGUUAGGAUUAUCCGGAUGAGGAACACCUAUUGCAGCACACAAUUCCCAAAUUUAAAGACUUACGCUCGGAAUUCCUCGUGUUUGCGGAACCUUUGCUCCUCAUAACGCUGAGGUGUGCCGGAGGGCUUUAUCUAUGUCCAAGGUCUCGGGUCUCGGGAAUGUUGUGUCAUAAGGGGUUGGCGAACUCUGUAUGUUGACGCUAUCUU